GAGGAAGCAAUUUGCAUCCCGGUGGCCGAGCUUUCGCAGGGGAAGUGGUUAAAAGGCGAGCGGCCGGAGGGGCUGGAGCUCAUUUGUAUGCUAGCCAGGCCCUUUGGGGGCUGCCCUUGCGCCCCCGCUUGCAAGCUGACUGGGCUGCCUGAAGCUUUGCCCCGAGGCAGCGGCGCGCAGGCAUGGAGUGCCCUCGGUGCCACUUUGUUUCUCAAGAUGCUUCUCCCAACUUCUGCAGCAACUGUGGGCUCCUGCUGGGACCCUCCCUCUGCACAGGACCCCCCACCACGGACAAAGGAGGCGGUGAGGCCAAGGAGAUGGAGCUGGAGCCUGGACGAUCGCUGAGGGUAGAGGGUGUCCCCUUCUCUGGGCCAGGUGCCGAGACCAAAGACACGAAGGGGAAGCCAGAAGAGUCGCUCAGGCAGGACGCCGGGGCUCAGACCGGUGGCUCCAAGAAGAAAGCAGUACAAGGGGUGAGUGAGGUAGAGGCUGCCAGCCCUCCUUCCAGAAAGAGGAGAAAGGAGAAGCCAGGCUCACCUGAAGGCAGCAGCCCAUCUCUCGCAAGCCCACGGCAGAAAAGGAAGAGGGGGAAGAAGAAUAAGAAGAAGAAAGAUGCCCUGGGCAUGGAGCAGCCAGACUCCUUAAAGUCAGGCGCACCUAGCACAGAUUGUUCUGUGGUCUCGGAAAGAUCCUGCGACCCCUUUCCCGCGUCGGAAAGCACAACCCAAGAGGACGAAGUGGCCAAGCCAGGCACUGCGCUGCCUGCUGGUCGCACCGCAGGUGAAACGAAAAGCAGCGAUUCUGUGGGCUCCUUGGGAGACGAGAAUAAAAACACAGAAAUGGCUGUGCAAGACCGCUGCAGCAGCAGCACCAGCCUCCAGGAUGAUACUUGUGCCAAGACGGCUCAGCCCACAGGCUCCAUGGCUCCGCAGGAGAAGAUGGAGGAUGGAAAUCCCAAAGGUGAUGGAGAAAAGGGCAGAGAAGAGAGGGCAUCUGAGAAGCAGGAGGAUGCCCACAGCCCUGCUGAAACGGAGCAGCCUCUGGGAAAAGCAUCCGAUGCCCAAACUUCAGGGGCAGACGGAGAUGCACCGGGCUCCAAAGGAGCUGGAGAAGGGGACUCCCCAGGGCUUCCCACCAGUGCAGAAACGCCGGAGAACGAAGAAGCUAGUCCUUCUGCAGAGGCCGUGAAUCAGAAGAGCAAAGUCUCGCCGACCGAGCCUCCGGACACGCAGAGCAGGGAAGGGAAGGUGGAACAAGAGUCCAAGCAGCAAGCGCACGCUCCAGUGUCAAAGGCAACCAGCCAGAUGGCGGUAGGAGGGCUGCAAAAGGCGGCAGGAGGGUCACAGGAGGCCCCGAAGGGGACAGCGGAUAAUAAAAAGGGACCAAAGGAGGCUGACCACCCAAAACAAGACUAUGCCUCUGUUGUAAAGACCACAAGCAAAAAGGAGGAGAAGCAGCAGGCAAACCAGAAGGCGGGUGAGGAAGGACGAGGCAGAAGUCAAGCCCAAACAAAGGGUGACGUCCCGAGCAAUCAGAAAACCAAGCAGAAGGAAAAAGACAAGAAAGCCGCUCCACGUGUGGUUAAACAGAGCCAUGUGUCUCCUGCAAAAGGCAUCAUGGUGUACUUCCAUGCAAUCAUCUCUAAAGACUUCAAGCUCAACCCUGAGCAGCAUAAAGUGUUCAUCAGGGGAGAAGGUAUUUCAGGAUAUGAAAAAUGGCAUGAUAAUAUCUGCGAAUUGCACUGUACAAAGGACCUGCAAGAGCACGGACACCUCUUUGAAGGAUAUGUUCUUAUUUCCAAAAACAAUUUGGAUAAAGGCAUUGUCUACAAAUACUAUAUAGCUGGUGAGAAAGAGGGAAAGUAUGAAAUGAUUUACAAGUCUGAUGGUCCAGAAGGUUACAUCAAUCGCUACAUGCACAUAUCUUUUGACCCCUGUUUUGAAGAAUGGCAUCAGUAUGAUGAUAUCGUGUGUGCUCCACCUGAUGCUUCUCUGAUGAAGAAGUUCAAGAAUUUUUUUGGGCUGGAUGAUACAAAGAAAAAAGUUUUGACGGGGAAGAGGAUAGCCGGAGAAAUCAUGUUGGAGACCAUCUUCAGCCUCCUUAGCACCUGGUCCUGCAUCAAUGUAAAGAGCUUUUUCAACCAGUUGCAUCAGUUUUAUGUAGUGACCAGCAAUCCGGUGGUGUACCAGGGAAGGCCAGAAAAGUGGACAUCGCUAGAGUUUGGAACAAAAGAGGUCAACGAGAUGCUUCUGGUGUAUUUGAGAAAACUAGGCAAGCCAUUUCUUGAGAGAGGUGCAUCUGCUCCACCAGAAAACUGGCCGGUGAAGAGUAAACUAGAGUUGGGGCUGAUCAUUCUUGCAAUAGGUGAAUACUACGGACUUCAGACCUCGAAAGAGGAUCUGACUCAACUCUGCAGCCUGCUUUGCUUGGAAGAAAAGCUGGGAGACGAUGCUUUCCACAAAAUGGGCCACGUUCUAGAGCCGUUUACAAAAAAUCCACACAUGAAGCAAUACCUGAUCCAUAUGUGCGAGAGAUGCAUGGAAAGUCAAGUGGGUCAGUGGGUGUGGAUCCUUCCUCUUCUGCAUUUCUUCGCUCAUCCUUUCGACCCUGUCAGACGCUCCGGAGCAGACUCUCACCAGAAAUCUGAAGAGGACUGGGCAGGGCUAGAAGGUCUGGCAUUCAAUGACUUCAAAAACAGCACGUCUUAUCAGGGGAACCAGCUGCUGAAGCUCAUGGAAAGAAAGGCAUACCUGUUGAGAACAGACGAGAUGCUAGGCCGUUCCUGGUUCUGCUUGCUGCCCCUGGAUGUCUUGGGAGAGUUUCUGACCCGUUUACCUGUGCAGUUGUUGGAUGCUCUUGUAGGAAUUUACCACCAACUACAAAGCAGCUACAUUACGUACACCUCAAUUGAGUCAAUAGGGAAUCUCCUAAGCAAGCUGACAGAGCUUCUGGAUGGUCACCAGAAAAGACCCCUACCACAAGACGUCUUGGAGGCCUGCUUGAUUGUCUGCUCUAAACUCUAUGACGUCGUCUGCAAAAAAACCAAGUCCAGUUAUUAUCCUGGACUUACUGCUGCAGCAGCUGUGAUUGUUUCCAGAGCUAGUGGCCUUACAUCCUUGGAGGUUUCAAAAGAUGCUUCAACAAGUGGAAGUCAUCGGAGUAUAUCAGUGAUGGAUACCCUGAACAAUCUCCUGAGCCAGACAAGAAAGUGGCUUCGAGAUUGUUUAAGCAAGCCGUACUACAGUGCGUAUGGGGCCGCUCUCCAUAACGAGCUGCAGGUCUGGGAUCAGUUUGUGAAGAUAACCUUUCCUGAUGAACAGUUCACUGAGACGUGGAAGAAAACUCUAGUUUCUGACCUGGAAGGGAAGAUUAAAAAGGAACCUCCAGUUCAACUGAUCAAAGCCUACUGCGCCCAUCACGAUGAGUUCAACAAGCUAGACUCUUACAUCGGGAAGUCCUUUGAGAACUGUGCUAUAGAAGCUGUUAACAUGGCGUGCCAGUCUCAGAAAAACCUCUUGGACAUGGUGUCAUCUUACAACCUGAGCAAAUUUGGUAAGCUCGUGUCAGCAGUGAUCACAAAAUCCUGGAUCCCUGACAAAAAUGGAAGGCCUGUGGAUGACUUCGAUGAAGUCCUACUUCAUUUGCUUACGUGGCCAGACAUCAAGCAUCUUUUCAACUUCAAUGGAGCCAAUGGGCAGGUCCUGGAUCAACUUACUGGUGAAGCCAAGCAGCUAAUGGCCAUGGCUGACUCGGUUUUCAUGCACAUCGAUGAACACAUCAAGAGUGGAGAGAUACUAGUUAAGCGCUUAGACCUCAUUCUAAAGCACAAGAAACAAUUUCUCUGCAUAUGGGAGCUGAAGCAUAAGCAUCUUCCAUCCCUGGAAAGAACAAAGCUGAACCAUGACCUGGAAAAAAUGCUGGUGCUCAGGAGGGAGGAAAAGAUAUCUGUAGAGAGAGAGAGGAAAUGGGUGACAGCGCUCCUGGACAUGUGCAGGAUGGUGCAGACAGUUAUAAGAGUGGAUACCGCUGAUGUGGAGGAGAAACUUCAGGAGGAUCUGGGCGCAAAAGGACUCUAUGAGGUUUGUGACGUGAGAACACUGGAUUCUCCCGGCGGAGGUCCCAUAAAAACCUAUUACAAUCUGAGCCCAGAGCUGCGGGAGGUGGCUGAGGUUAUGUGCACCUUCAAGGAGAGCAGCGUCUUCCAGUUCUGCUGGAAAAAGGCAGCGCAAGAGCAAAUGGAGGAACAAGAAGAUCUGGAUGAAGGAGCCACCCCCACGCUACGCCUCAAUGAAGUGUACGACUCUCUGUUCUCUCCUUGCUACCGUGAAUAUCAGAAACUUCAUCGUGAGCUGAUAUCGGGAGAGCUGACCUUUGCAAAGGUGGAUGAUGUCUUCAGAGACUUUAAGAACCAUUACGAAGGUCUGAAAUCCGACCUCCAGCUCAUGUGCAAACUGCAGGAACAAGGUGACAGAAAAUGGAUCGAGCUGCGUCUUCGGCAGAUCCAACAAUACCACGAGCUGGACUUGGCUAUGGACUCUGCUGUGGUGAUUGCGAAGAUCAGAGAGGAUUUAAACCUCUCCGGUGACUUCAGCAAAAUCCACAAGAUUCUGAACUUUCGCAACCAGCUGGAAUCUAUAAAGGAAGAGAGGCUGGAUUACAUCAGCCCCGACCUCAUGAAAGCCAAGCAGCUGCUGGAAGAGAUCAGGGAGCCCCUUCGCAGGUGCCUGGAGCAGUUCACAGUCAGGAAGGACUUUGUCAACUGGGUCAAAGAGGCUUUGGAAGAUGUAAAUGAGCUCAAGGUGUUCGUGGACCUGGCCUCCAUCUCGGCGGGGGAGAACGACAUGGACGUGGAUCGUGUGGCCUGCUUCCACGACGCUGUGCUUGGCUACUCCUCCCUGCUGUACGAGCUGAAGCGGGAGUCGGGGUUCGAUGACUUCAUGCAGUGCCUGAAGAAGCUGGGGAAAGCCCUGGAGAGUGACGAGAACCUUCCCAAGAAACUGCGUGAUUCUGCUCGGCACCUGGAGUGGCUGAAGACCGUGAAAGAGAGCCACGGGUCUGUGGAGCUGUCCUCUCUGUCGCUAGCCACCAACAUCAACAACCACGGGGAGUACGUCAUCAGAGCCCCGCCGGAGGGCCAGAAGGUGUCUCUGGACACGGUACUGCGCCUGAAGCUCUCGGAGAGCCACGGGGACAGCGACGAGAUACGGCAGUACUCCUUGGAGGAACUGCGAGAACUGCUGAACAAGCUGAUGCUGAUGUCGGGCAAGGGAGACCAGAGCAUGGAGGUGGACAAGUUUUCAGAGGUAUUUUCCAGUGUCCAGAGACUGGCGCAGUCCUUUAUAGACCUGUACUCGGCAGGGAACAUGCUCUGCCGAGCCUGGGCCGCCUACGUGUAUUGCUCGCCCAGGAGCAAGGCAUGCACAAGCAUGGAUUUCUGUUUGAAAGCCAUCCCCAAGCUUGUAGGGAGGGGAGAGGUGACAGCGCUGCUCCCGCAGCUCUGCAGGACGAUGGAGAGCUUCCUGGUGCGGUGGAAGGACUUUGUGUCCGAAAAGCGUUCCCGGUAUUUCUACCUGAACUACUACACGGCAGAGCAGCUGGUUUACUUGUGCGGGGAGCUCACAAAAGGGAAGCCCAGCGAGAGAGCCUUGAUGAUGCUUUCAUUUGUGAAGCAAAACUGCACCGAGAGGGAUGUGGACGUGGUUUGCAGAUGGGUGGUAUCCAGACACGCACACACGAGCCUCCCGGACUUGCCAGCAGUGUUGGCCACGGAGGACCUGCCUGUCCAGCUGAAGCGUGUCUGGGGGUCCUACAUGGAAGACAUGCGUGCUUUCUUGCCAAACUGCUUGGACAUGGAUGCUCUGGGCAGUUGCCUUGACCAUCUGGCCCAUCAAGAGAAGCAGCAUGUUCAGCGAGCUCUCCCUCAGUGCCUGCAGGCCGGCAGGCCCAACCUCAUCACUUGUCCUAGGGCCGAGGUGCUGGCUUCGGCACUGGCCAUCUACAUGAGCAGCCCAGGCCAGCCCCUGCCCACCUUCGACGAAGUGCUCCUAUGCACACCUGAGACCAGCCUGGAGCAGGUGGGGCUCUUCCUGCGCCGGUGCCUCACGCCCGGCAACCGCGGGAAGAUCUACGCCAUGCUGUACGCCGACAAGCUGAGCUACGACGUCGGGUGCAGAGCGGAGGAGCUGUUCCAGCGCCUGCUCAAGCAGUCCCACCUGGACGGCUACUGCCUCGUCAUCCUGUGCGACUGCGAGAGGGAGCACUGCUACAUCCCUUCUGCCUUCAGCCAGUACAAGGUGCACGCCACCCCCCAGAAGGAGCUGAAGGACAUCCAGGAGUAUCUGAGGAGCCACUUCGUGGUCGCCCAGCCUACCAAGUCAGCAGCCUCUGUGUUCAAGGACAACAUGUGUGUUAGGAUCGUGUCCUCCAAGAGAGCCGGCGUGGGAAAAUCUCUCUAUGUGAAAAGGCUGCACGAAAAACUGGAAAAGUGCUAUGACAUGACUGCACGUCUAGAAACGAUCAGGCUGAUUGAACCCCAAGUAGAUGAAAGCAAAGUGCUGAGAUCUCUCCUGCCUUUCCUGAGACGGCAGCACCAGCAAAAGCCCAUGAUAUUCCAUAUUGACAUCACCUCCUCGGUACGAGGCGGGAUUGCAGAGUUCCUCUUCAAGCUGCUAGUUCUGCGGUACCUGGCGGACGCUGAUGGGAACAUGUGGCUACGCCAGCCGCAUCACUUGUAUGUCAUUGAAAUCCUUGAAACGGAUCCAGCGCCAAAGAAGCCCACGAGGCUGGGAUUGAAGUACAGUUUCCUGGAGGUCUUCCCUAAGAUCACAUGCAAGUCUCCUAAAGAAGUGCUGGAAAUGGAGACGCAGGGAAGCCCGUCUCGGGAUGCCCUGGAGCCAGGAAUGGAUCCAGUGGAGUUCUGCAGCGAGGCCUUCCAGAGACCUUUCCAGUACCUGACACUAUUCGACUCUGGGGACAACCUGGAUCUGUUCAGCUAUGACAGGGGCUCUGUCGAGGGGAGUCCCGCGGAGUGCCUGCAGCGGUUUCUCGUGCACUGCGGCGUGAUGGACCCCUCGUGGUCGGAGCUGAGGAACUUCGUCUGGUUCCUGAACAUCCAGUUGCAAGACUGUGAAGCUUCAGUCUUUUGUAACCCUGAAUUUGUCCACGACACUCUGCAGGGUUUCAAACGCUUUGUGGUGACCUUCAUGAUCCUAAUGGCCCGGGAUUUUGCCACCCCCUCUCUGAACAUCUCCGAUCAGAGCUCAGGGCGAGCCACCUUUGACUUGGAGGGUGUCACGGAAGCAGAUCUCUUUCCUUUCCGCAUUCGGAAGAAGUGGGAAUCGGAGCCCCAUCCAUACUUAUUCUUCAAUGAAGACCACGUCUCCAUGACCUUCAUUGGCUUCCAUCUUCAGGGCAACGCCACUGGUGGCAUUGACGCCGUCAGUCCUGUGAAUGGCAAUAUCCUCAAAAGCAACGUCAUGACCUCCCAGCUGUACAAGGGGCUGUUGCUUCAGCGGGUUCCUUUCAACACGGACUUUGACCGGUUGCCCAGACACGAGAAGCUAGGGAAACUGUGCAUGGUUUUGGGAAUCGAGUGGCCCAUGGACCCCGAUGAAACUUAUGAGCUCACGACGGACAACGUACUCAAAAUCCUGGCCAUUGAGAUGAGGUUCAGAUGUGGCAUCCCAGUUAUUAUCAUGGGAGAAACAGGCUGUGGGAAAACCAGGCUUAUCAAGUUCCUGUGUGAGCUGCGCAAGGUUGGCUUCAACGCAGAGAACAUGAAACUAGUGAAAGUCCACGGAGGCACCAGCGCAGCGAUGAUUUAUGAUAAGGUCAGGGAAGCAGAGGCUGUCGCCAAGACCAAUAAGGAGCUCUAUGGGCUGGACACGAUCCUGUUCUUCGAUGAAGCCAACACGACUGAAGCCAUUAGCAGCAUCAAGGAGGUGCUGUGCGACCGUACGGUAGAAGGGAAGCCUCUGGACCCCUACUCGGGCCUGAAGAUCAUCGCCGCGUGCAACCCUUACCGGAAGCACAAAGAGGAGAUGAUUCAACGCUUGGAGUCAGCGGGUCUCGGCUACCGCGUCAAAGCAGAUGAGACCAGAGAGAAGCUCGGCUCCAUCCCACUGAGGCAGCUCGUGUACCGCGUCCACGCUCUCCCCCCCAGCAUGAUCCCUCUGGUGUGGGAUUUUGGGCAGCUGAACAACCUGACGGAGAAAAUGUACAUCCAGCAGAUUGUUCAGAGGCUCACCGACUCGGUCCCGGCAACAGAAGAUGAACUGACGGUCAUCACGGAGGUGCUCUACAUCUCGCAGAGCUACAUGAGGGAGAGGGCUGACGAGUGCAGCUUCGUCAGCCUCCGGGACGUAGAGCGCUGCGUGGAAGUGUUCAAGUGGUUUUGCGACCACAGCGAUCUCCUGCUGAAAAACCUGGAGGAGCUCCCCGCGAAGAGGUCUGAGAAAAUACCUGUAAAAAGGAACAAAGCCCUGUGGGCUUUGGUACUGGCAACUGGGGUCUGCUAUCAUGCGUCCUUGGAGAAGAAGAAGUUGUACAGAAACAGGAUUUCCAAGGCCCUUCCAAAGCCUUACAACAACCAGAAAGGGAUUUUGGAUGAGAUCUGCCUGAUGCAGGACGUCUUUCUGCGUGGCGUGCAGCUGAGAGAGACCAUUGCCAAAAAUGCGGCCUUGAAGGAAAAUGUCUUUAUGAUGGUCAUCUGCAUUGAGCUGAAAAUCCCCCUCUUCCUCGUUGGCAAGCCUGGCAGCUCCAAAUCCCUUGCCAAAACCAUCGUGGCGGAUGUCAUGCAAGGACAGGCCGCUUACGUUGAUCUCUACAAGGAGCUGAAACAGAUCCACCUGGUGUCCUUCCAGUGCAGCCCUCACUCGACGCCCGAGGGGAUCAUUGGGACCUUCAAGCACUGCGCCCGCUUCCAGGACGGGAAGAACCUGGACGAGUACGUCUCUGUGGUGGUGCUGGAUGAGAUUGGGCUGGCCGAAGACUCUCCUAAAAUGCCCCUGAAGACCCUACACCCGCUCCUGGAGGACGGCUGCAUCGACGACGAUCCGCUUCCGCACAAGAAAGUCGGUUUUAUCGGCAUCUCCAACUGGGCCCUGGAUCCAGCCAAAAUGAAUCGGGGCAUCUUUGUUUCCCGCGGUGAUCCCAAUACCACAGAGCUCAUUGAGAGCGCAAAGGGGAUUUGCUCUUCGGACCCGGUCACCCAGAAAAUUGAGCAAUACUUUCCCCUGUUUGCGGAGGCAUACGACAAGAUUUGCAAGGGCCAAGGCAGGGAUUUUUUUGGGCUGCGCGAUUACUACAGCCUCAUCAAAAUGGUCUUUGCUCUCGCCAAGUUCUCACAGAAAGAGCCCACGCCUCGCGACAUCGCGCAGGCCGUUCUCCGUAACUUCAGCGGCAAAGAUGACAUCAACGCCUUGGACACAUUUACCUGCAAGUUACCUGGCAAAGAAGAAAUACGUGCUCACGACGUCAGCACCAUUGAACUCGUCCAGCAGAACAUCUACAGCGACGGUCAGGACAGCGACUGCAGAUACCUGCUGGUGCUAACGGAGAACUACGCAGCCCUGCAGAUCCUCCAGCAGGUGUUUUUCACAAAGAGGCAGCAACCAGAGAUUAUCUUUGGCUCCAGCUUCCCCAAGGACCAGGAAUACACCCAGAUCUGCCGCAACAUCAACCGCGUGAAGAUCUGCAUGGAAACGGGGCAGAUGGUCGUCCUCCUCAACUUGCAGAAUCUCUAUGAAAGCCUCUAUGAUGCCCUGAACCAGUAUUACGUGCACCUGGGGAGCCAGAAGUACGUUGACUUGGGUUUAGGCACCCACCGGGUGAAAUGCAGAGUGCACCCUGAUUUCCGUCUGAUCGUCAUCGAGGAGAAGGACGUGGUGUACAAGCGCUUCCCCAUCCCGCUGAUCAACAGGCUGGAGAAACACUACCUGGAUAUCGACACCGUCCUGGAGAGGUGGCAGAGGGAUGUUGUGGAAGAGCUGAAGAGAUGGGUGAAUGAUUUCACGGCGGUUGAUACCGAGAAGCAGCUCCUGGGCCAGCAGAAGUACAGCCCCUCCGACGUCUUCGUGGGGUACCACUCCGAUACCUGCGCCUCGGUCGUCCUGCAGGUGACGGAGAGGCUGAAGCAGAUGCACUCUCUCGAGGAGCUGAUGCUGGAGGUGAAAAAAGAGGCCCAGCUGGUGCUACUGAACUGUGCCACGCCGGACUCGGUGAUUCGCCUGGGCAGCGCGCGGCUCGAUUCCUUCAUGGCCGAGCUCCUGGAAAAGGUGUACUUCAAGCAGCAGCAGCACACAUCUCUUACGGAUUUUGUCUGCGCUCACAUCCAGACACAGACCCAAGCCCGCAUGGUCUUUACCGAGGUCACCACUUUCUCGCGGCUCCUGACAGCCACCGAUUCGGAGAGCUUGAGGGCAGAGGUGCAGGGCGAGGUGCAGAGCCUGGCCCUCCUGUCUCUGCAGCAGUUCGACACCGAGCACUCCUUCCUCAAAGAGAUUCGGAGUUUCCUUGACGCUACAUCUGGGAAUAAAAUCCUGAUUAUUCAGACAGACUUCGAAGACGGUUCUCAAAGUGCCCAGCUCAUCGCCUCGGCUAAGUACUCGGCCGUCAAUGAGAUCAACAGGGUGGAGCUGGGAGACGUCUCCGUCUUCGUCUACUUCAUCACAAAGCUGUCCCGCGUGGAAGGGGGAGGCUUCUACGUGGGCUUCCACGGAGGGCUGUGGCGGUCCGUGCACAUCGACGACCUCCGCAGAUCCAAGGACAUGGUUUCUGACGUGACUGCCCUGAGGAACUUCACCAUCAGCCAGCUCUUCCGUGAGGACACAGACAAGCCUGAACCUAUGAUAGUAGAGGGGGAAGAGCAGCAGGAGGAGCGGAUGGAGGUGAAGACAGCUGCCUCGGAAGAGGAGGAGUACAGCGCCGAAGUCCUGGGCACGACCAACCUUUUGAGGAGCUGCGUGCAACCCGCGGUGGGCAUACUGAGGGAUGACAACGAGGGCUCCAGUCGGAGCACGAGGAGGGUUGAGAUUCUUCUCGGCCUUCUAUCGAAUGAGGAUGACUCGAAAGCCUCCUUCCUGAGGAUAUCCAAAAACCGCCUCUUCAGCCUUUUGAAGAAGCAAGAAGAGAAUUCCUUCCACAUGGGAGACUGGGUGCUCCGGGAGGCUUCCAACCUCAACGCCCUCCAGGAGGCAGGGACUUUCAGACAGACCUUGUGGAAGCGGGUCCAGAACGCAGUGAUCCCGCUGCUGGCUCACAUGGUGUCUGUCAUAGACCGGGACGGUAACCUGGAGUUACUGGUCAAGCCGGACGCAGAGGACUGCGUGAAAGCACUGUGGAUGUUCAUCUUCAAUGACCUGAAACUUCUGGACGUACCCCACAAUGUGGGCAGCCGCAGCUCCCAGACCGAGACCAUCCUGGUGCCGAAUAACAUGAAUGUGUCUGAUGGCAAUAAGAUGCCCUUCAGCUGGAGGAUAAAGGACUAUUUGGAAGAGAUCUGGCUGCAAGCUCAAUACAUCCAAAGCCCAGAAGGCCCUGCAGCCAAGUUUGUGGAUAUAUUCCAGAAGACCCCGCUGGGCAGCUUCAUUCCUAGCCUGGCUGAGCAAGACAGGAACCAGCUCUUCCACUUCUAUGUCAUAGACUUCAUCCUCCUGACUAUGAGAGUAUCCUGUGUCGGAGAGUUACAGGUUCUGCAGACAGCUCUCUUGUCCUGCGUCGAGGAACUACAGGCUGCGUUGCCAAGUGAAGAGAGGAUGCUGUCCUUGCCCUGGGUCCACCUGGGAUACCAUCGGUUCAGGAGCCGGCUGCAGAACUUCUCCAGGAUCUUGGCUGUGAAUCCCAGAGUGCUGAAGGAUCUUGAGGAACAGUCAGUGGCAGAUCCCAUGCUGGCACGCUCUGGGAUGGUGCUGGAUGUGUUUGCGGCCCUGGCUUGUACUGAGAGGCUGGAGAACGAAGUGCUGAAGUGUAGCCCGCAGGCUUGGCUCCAGCAGGUGAAGAACCUUCACAUGCCCAUUGAACUGGUCUGCACGGAGAACUACCUGCAAGGCCAUAGCAGCCAUUGCCAUCAGCUGCUCCAGGAAGUCAGGAUCCGGUGGAACCGGAUCUUCUCCAUGUCUCUCUUGGUGGAGCAUGUGCUGCUGGGGGUCAACGCCCACCUCCCAGAGCUGCAGGACCUGGUGCAGAGACACAUCCUGAUGCUCGGCAAGUGCCUCCAGGGGAACUCUGACCUCAAGACUCAGGAAACUUUCUUUGCGGUGAUGAAGGUGCUGUGUCUCUGUAAGGAAGAAGCCAGCAAAACGAUCUGCAGAUAUGGUCUGACGCCAUGUCCGAUCUGCCUGGGAGACCCCCAGGAUCCCGUCAAGCUGCCAUGCGAUCAUGUCUUCUGCCAGAACUGCAUCAAACAGUGGCUAGCACCAGGCCAGAUGAUCUGUCCAUACUGCAAAGUCAACCUCCCAGAUGCCUAUAAUGUAACCGUCUCCAAGACACUCAGUGACGCUAUCCAGAAGAACGCCAAGUUUCGGCAGAUGUGCAACAGCUUCUUCAUAGACCUGGUUUCCACCAUGUGCUUCAAGGACAAUGAACCGCCAGAGAAGGACGUGAUUGAGGGGCUGUUAGGGCUGCUGUUUGCUCACCGGAAGCCUUUCACAGUUGGUAUGAUGGAGCACCAGGCUGUGUACACAAAAUCGCUCUCGCCGUUCGACGACGUGGUGGACAAGACGCCUGUCAUCCGCUCCAUUGUGCUGAAGCUGCUAUUGAAAUACAGCUUCGAGGAGGUGAAGGACUACCUGCAGGAGUACCUGAGGCAGGUGGAGCAGAACCAGAUCCUGGGCAAAGACGACAAGUCGGAGCUUUACGUGCUUUUUGUCAGCUGCUUGGAGGAUUCAAUGUAUGAUAAAACUGGAGCGUGCUCUGAGAAAGAACAAACCCACUCUUUGCGGGAAGAGGCACGUUUUCUAGUGAGAUACCUCCAGAAGAGCAGCCAGAAAGCCAGGAGGGAAUCCUCUAUUAGAAACCUGCAAGCAGUGGCCAAGGUCCGGCUCUGCCUGGACAGAGCUGCAGAGCUGCUCUGUGAAAUGCAUGGAUGUCAAG